UUGACAACUAAAGACCCAUCUUGGAAUCCAUGGCAUGUGCUUUCCUGGGCGAGCUCUUCUGUCAGAAUGUCCUUCCCAUCAUGGCACGGAGGCCACGGGGUCGGCCGCCACGUCCUUGCCACGGUCUACGGGGUCGCGCUGCAGCCACGUCCCCUCAGUGGACCAAGGUCUUUGGAGAAGACUUUUUGGUGCCUACUCUGGAGAUCUCACACUACAAGCGCUGGGGUGCCAAGCGCAAGGUGCAGCUGCAGGAGGAGCUGGAUGACCUGCUCCGUCGGCAGGGUUCUGCCUCCUUGAGCUCCAAGGGCCGCUUGGAUACCUCCAUCGCCUCCGUGCUCUCCUUGGCGCGCGACGCCUUCCGCAAGCGUUUGGCCGAUGACGCGGUGCACGGUGGGGGCUUCCGUGGCUUUGGAUGUGGCUGGGUUUUUCCCAGGUCGGCGGAGAUGUACAGCCAUCCGCACUACCUGGCCUUCCUCCGGGAGGAUGGUUCUAGUGACCCGCCCGAGCUGCCCUUCCGCCUGCAAAGCCUCUUGAGCCAGAUCCGUCAGCAGCUGUUGCCCUUCUUGGAAGACGUUCUGGAGUUCGGGCUUGGCUAUGAAGCGGGACAGCUGCGGGAAACCUUGCAGAUGACCACGGCCAUCGUGCACUACUAUCCUGAUAGCACCAAGCAGGAGACACUUCUGACACCUGCGGCCUUCCACUGCGAUGAUUCAUUUCUCACGCUGAACCUCGAGAGCACUUCUGGGAUCCAUGGCCUCUUGGACGCGGACCACGCCGCCCCGCGGAUCCGGCGCUUCCGCUACGAGGACGGGGCCGAGCCCUUUGCUGAGUCUUCCACGACGGCAUCGACGUCCGUGAUGAACUUGUUCGUGGGCGGCUACCUGCAAUCCUGGUCCGCCGGCCGCUGGCCGAGCUUGUUACACUCAGGCUCCAACCCGAGUGAGGAAGACCGGCUUUCCAUCACCAUCUUUUUGGGCAUCCCGGAACUUCAUGGAUUCAUCGGUGACCACGUUCACACGCGUGGAGAGCAAGAACAACGAGUCUAUGAGUGGCUUCAAAAGGCCCAACACAUGGACGACUGGUCGGCCAAGGCCAUGUUCCAAGAGAUCCAGGACAUGUACAGCCGCGAGACCUUCCCAUCGCUACGGCGGAAGUGGGCUGCUUCCGGGACCUUGUCGCCGUGUCGGCAGAAGCACCUGCGGGCAAUCAACAAUGCUCGGCACCACUGCAGAGAAACCAGCGCUGCAGAAACCUGCGUAUGACGAGGCCCUGCAAAGGCAAGAAGAACUGAAGAUCGCGAGAAUAUGGGUCGGUCUCACGAAAGAUGGACUCCCCUAAAUCACAGUGGCUCUG